AGGGCAGUUUGGUGAACUUGGUGAGUUGGAAACCCUCAGCUCCUUCGCAUCGGCUGCAGCAGUGGGAGGCGUCCUGUCGACUCCUACAGAAAAGAAACGGCACAGAGGCCGCUUGAAUGAACCGCUUGUCACCGACAAUUCCAAGCAGCUCGACGGCUGAGCUAGAACGGAAAUAUAAGCAGCUCCUGAAACGCCCAGGCGGCAGCUUGUUCGAAGAUGACGUCGUAGAAGUUCGACUCGAGCUGCGAGACCGCCUGGAACAGAUCAUUCUGCUUGACUAUGACCUGGCUUCGAAAACAGACGUUGAAGGCACGUUGUGGAAGCUGGUGCACUACAAAGCCAUCGAGGAAUUUCGCCGUCUUCACCGUGAUGUAAAUGGGCGCGUCCGUCGAUCUGGACGUCCAGAAGACAAGAAAGAGCUACGAAACUUAACAGCGGCCUUCCGAGCGUUCUUGUUUGAAGCUUCGGCGUUCUAUGCUCAGAUGAUCUUUAAAUUGGAUCAGCGAUAUGACUUGAAGGGAAGAUUUCGGAAGGUUAUGAAGGAGCUUCUAAUCAUCACUGGCCAAGAAUAUUCCACGGAACCUCGACUCCAGCUAGCAGAAGGGACUUUGGAGCGAAUGGUGUCCACUGGACAACGAACGUUGAUUUAUCUCGGCGAUUUGUCUCGUUAUCAUGAGAUCCACGCGGAUAGAAAGGAGUCAAAGUGGGGAUUGGCCAAGCUAUUCUACAAUCUUGCCGCUCUGGUACUCCCUACGAAUGGGAAUCCCUACAAUCAGCUUGCUGUGAUCUCCUCUUACGAGGGCAGCGAGCCCGAGGCUGUGGAAAAUUACAUGCGAAGUCUUCUGAUCGAGCGACCAUUCGCGACAGCUUUGGAGAAUCUGGAAAUACUGUUCGAUAAAGUGCAGAAACGUGUCAAGAUGUCUCCCUUGUCUGGCGCGGCGUCCGACAGACCGAAAGCGGUUUUGGAUCAGUUUGUUGUCCUGGUUGCCAAUGCUGUCGGCCGGACCCGAAGUUUGAGCAGUUUUCUGGCUGUACAAGCAGUUUGGCUUGAUUCGAUGCGAUCUUCUGUCAUCAGGUCACAAUUGGAUCACAAAAGUGUCCAUCAGAUGAUGAUCGUAGGGGCUGGCAUGGUACAGAUGUCACAAGGCGAGAAAGAACUCUACUCAGCCGUACGAUCUUUUUUCAUGGAGUUCAUCAACAUGGUGGCGGAUCAAACCACAUCGGACAUUAUGGAGCUCGGUGACGCGAAUGGGGAAGUCUUACGGGAGAUUCCAGCGGGUUGGGAUGACCGAUUGAACGUUAUCUUGACUGCUAUGGCUUGGGUGAGGGCGGAGUUCUGCUCGAAUUCCGAGCGCCUCUCGUCGAAUCACGCACUCCGGAGGGGCCUGGCCUCACUUUAUUCAGCCUUGAUAUCUUGCUUGCCGAUCCAUUCUGACGAUGAUCGUUUGGAUCCCGAGAGGAUGACCACGGAAGAAGCGGCGUUGGAACAUUAUUUGCCAUUCAGACCAUACUUCAAGUCUCUUCCCGCUGCCAAGAUUCGUGACAUCACCCAUAGCCCGAUCUCGGGCACUGGCCAAUUGCUUCUGCGCAUUGUUAAUGAUUGUUCUUUCUGGAUCGAGCACCAGGUGCUUUUCUUGACUGCAAAGAAAUCCUCCAAAACAGUGGUUCUCGUAGUUAGUCCUCAGGCCCCGGUGCCGCAGCAUGUCCUUCCGGUGGAGGUUCUGAAAGAUGUCGUCCGCGGGAUACCUCUCGAUACAGCUAUAACCAAUCAUCGGUCCAACAAUGGUCCCAACAGUACACAAGGAAGCGGAUUCUCGGAAAUGUCGAGAGAAGGCCCGCAAACCACUGGCACUACGGGUGGUCGGGCUCUGUCUCAAGAUGGCAUAUGGACUUCUUCCACUGGACCUUCAUCAUUUGGUCAUACCUCCAAGACAAACGUACAACCACAUUCUGGCCAUUUGGCGUCUCCUACCACUCCACUUACUGCUUCGCAAGCCCAAAUAUGGUUGCCACAAGGCGGGGAUUUGCAAGAAAGCCUCUCCCCGUCGGCCACCUUUUACCAUCAGGAAGCCCGGGUAGAUGAAGACGCGUUUGGUCAUAAAAUUGUUCUCCCAACUGAGGCCGAUAUCAACUUCGCUUUUGGUGCCCGUGGAGCUCAACCGAUGUCUGUACCCCGAAAGUCGCCCGCACACCCGCAAGUGAGCCAGUCGCCUGAUACCGGACGCAUAUUCGGAACAAGCUCCGAUGCCGUCGAUACUUUGGCGUUCCUGGGUCUGGGUCCAUCCCGCAGUGCACAGUCCGGCAUCCGGGACCACGCUAGAAUGAAGCCGCCGCUUGGAAACAUGAUGGAUGAAUGUGAGAACGCGGACACGUUCCCUGUACCACUCUUCCCGCCCGGCAUGGGGCCUCCAAGUCUCCCGAGACUGAACACACAUGCAUCGCCUCCAUCGACAUCCGCGGUUGCUUUUCCCUUGUCAAACAACGGAGUGACCGCACACAGUCAGCUUCACUCAGCUCCUCCAGGACAUCUCACACCGGCGUGGUCAGGAGAGUACACCUAUCCAUUCGGCAAGCCUGUAGAUGCAGAAGCCGCAAGGCAACAGUCGGCUCCCGCUUGGACAGAAGCCCACAAAGUUCAAGGCCCCUCGUCCAGCGGACUCACUUGGAUGGGGGCUGGAAGGGAUGCUUUCGUAUCGCCAAUGGCUCGCGCAGCGAGCGCCAAUACUCGGUCCAAGCCUGAAUACGAGCCUCAGCCGCCCAUUUUGGGGUUCAGCGCCGCGGCUGGGCCGUCUCGCAAUGCGAAUUUGUGGGGCUAAGGGGAGUGUUGCGUCGAGCAGUUCAAUCUGCGUUUCUUACCAAAAUGGCUUACCAAAGUCGCACGGCUCACUGCCCUCGAACUUUCGAAACACAAAUUCACUGAAAAAUCAGAACGAGGACGACCAGCACAUGACUGGGCGCU